AUGGAGUCACAGGAUUCGCAAGAAGAUACUUUUGAUGAAACCAAAGAUUUAUCGCCUAUGGAAGUACAUGACGUUCAAGACAUGAGAAGAAAAACUAGCAUUUUCAAGUAUUAUUCCUUCAAAUCAACAGAAACACUGCCUGGUUCAUCGAAAAAGUCUGGACCACUUGUUGGAGUUGUUGAUGUUGGUACAAGGACAGUUCGGUUUGUGGUGUUUACUGCGAAACGAGUUGCUGAAGUAGCAUCUCAUUCGAUUGACAUUGAACAAUUAUGUCCACAAGAAGGUUGGGCUGAACAGGAUCCUAAAGAAAUUUUGUUCGCUGUAAAAGCUUGUAUAAAAGAUGUUUGCAAAAAACUGGAAAAAAAUGGUACUAAUGUAUCCCAAAUUGUCUCCAUUGGUAUAACUAAUGCUAGAGAAACAACUGUUGCAUGGGAUUCAACAACAGGAGAACCACUUUACAAUGCAAUAGUUUGGUCAGACACUCGUACAGAUUCUGUAGUUGAUCAAAUAAUCGCCAAAUUUCCUGAUAAAAGUAAAAAUCAUCUAAAACCGUUAUGUGGUCUGCCAGUUAGCCCUUAUUUCUCAGCUUUGAAAAUUCGAUGGCUUAAACAAAAUGUUUCAAGUGUCAGGAAAGCUAUUCGAGAUAAACGAUGUCAUGUUGGAACUUUGGACACUUGGAUAAUAUGGAAUUUGACAGGAGGUAAAGAUGAUGGUCUUUAUAUCACCGACGUAACCAAUGCUUCCAGGACCAUGUUGAUGAAUAUAGAAACAUUAUCAUGGGAUCCUACUUUAUGUCGUUAUUUCGAUAUUCCAAUGAAAUUACUACCUGAAAUUAAAAGUAGCUCUGAAAUUUACGGUAAAAUCACUGUUGGACCUCUCAAAGAUAUUCCAAUAUCAGCAAUUUUAGGUAAUCAGCAAGCAGCUUUAGUUGGUCAAAAUUGCUUAAAGCAAGGACAAGCAAAGAAUACUUAUCGAAGUGGUUGUUUUCUUCUGUGUAAUACUGGCACUACGAGAGUGUACUCUUCGCACGGUCUCGUUACAACGAUAGCGUAUAAAUUAGGUCCAAAUAGCCCAGCAGUCUACGCUCUUGAAGGUUCUAUUGCAGUCGCCGGUGCAGCAAUUAAAUGGCUUCGAGAUAAUUUAAAACUUAUUAAAGAUGUUCAUGAAAGUGAACAUUUAGCUGAGAGUGUUUUCAGUACAGGAGAUGUUUAUUUUGUGCCUGCUUUUAAUGGCCUUUAUGCUCCAUAUUGGAGAAAAGAUGCAAGAGGUAUUAUCUGUGGUCUCACAGCAUUUACCACAAAACAGCAUAUCAUUCGUGCAUCUUUAGAAGCCGUAUGCUUUCAAACUAGAGAUAUUGUUAAUGCUAUGUAUAAAGACUGCGGUUUUCCUCUAACAAAACUCCACACAGAUGGUAAAAUGUCAACUAAUAACUUACUCAUGCAGCUUCAAGCUGAUCUCAGUGGUAUACCAGUGUUUCGAUCAACAAUGCCAGACAUUACUACGUUAGGAGCCGCGAUGGCAGCAGGACAAGCUGAAGGUAUUGAAGUUUGGCCACUUGAUGGAGAAGAGACUGAAACUGUUCCAAAUGACACAUUUUUGCCUACAACAACUCCAGAAGAAAGAGACGCUAGAUAUACAAAAUGGAAAAUGGCAGUUCAAAGAAGUUUAGGUUGGGCAGAAACAAAGACACCUGGACAAAUGACAGAAGAGAGAUAUCGAGUAUUAGCAUCCAUACCGGCUAGUUGGUUCAUUAUGAGCAGUUUCAUACUGUUACGAUUGAGUUAUUACUUUAACGACCGGUGACAAAAUUUACCUCAUUCUGUGUUUUUUCAUCCGGUUCAAUCGAUACGAAGCAGCUAGACACCAAUAAUGAUAUCUUGUUACAUAGUAUAUAAUUAGAUAGUUGAACAAUUAGAUUUAAAUAUUAAAUUUGUGAUGAUAGCUUAUUGAUGUAGGUUUAAAAAAUCAUCAACAUGGAAUAUUUAUUAUAAAUAAUAUUUGUUAAUACUAUUUAUUUCGGCGAUUAUAUUGACUGAGUGUACGCACACAUGUAAUUUGUAUUAUUUUAAUUUUUGAUAUUUCGGUUAUUUAAGGGACUGUAACUAUGUUCUAAAAUGUAAAAGCGUACAGUUUACUUGCCGAUUGUGCUCAAUAUAAUAUUAACUGUUUUUUAGUAAGCCCUACUUUUUUAUGUCUGCUAUUAUUUGUUGAAUCUAGCUGUAGAAAUAUAUAGAGAUUUUUAUUUCCUCUAUGAUAAAGAUUAUGUAAUUAUUUAAGGACAAAAUGUCCUCAUUUUUUAUUAUUUAUUCUUUUUACGGAGUACUAUUGUAACAUACUUCAAGCACAAAGAAUAUAAGUAAUGUAAUUAUGGUGUGAAAGGAGAAUGAAAUUUGUUACAAAGUAUUCCAGAAAAAUUGCUCUCAUUAUUAUGCUAAUUGUAAAUAAAUAACAAUAAUUUUUCCCCGUUAUGUACUUAAAAAUUAAAUUAAAAAAUGU